UCCUCAAUCUCUCCCACCCGUUACUUCCGGCUUCUCUCCACUUCCGGUUUAUGUCGACGCUCUACCCCACUCAACUCGUUGCUCCAGCGCCGCUCUCACCGCUCCGAGUCCUCCCAGCUCUAUUCCCCCUCCCACUUCCGGUCCUUCCCUACCACUUCCGGCUCCGCUCUACCCCUCGCUUAUCCUUCUCGUUUGCUCCUCCGUUGCCGCUCUAUCCCUUCGGUCCUCCCCGCCAUGUUAUUGACCGUAAAGGCGCUUCAAGGCCGCGAAUGCAGCCUCCAGGUGUCCCCCCAGGAUCACGUGUGGUCGUUAAAGGAACAAUUGGCCGAGAGACUCAGCGUCCCCCCAGCACAACAACGGCUGCUCUAUAGGGGCAAAGCAUUAGCAGAUGAUCGCCGUCUAUGCGACUACGCCAUUGGUCCGUCCUCCCGCCUCAACCUGGUGCUCAAGGGGGCGGGGCCAGGAUUAAGCCCCGCCCCUUCGCCUUCAGGCCCCGCCCCCUCGGCUCCCUCUGAUUGGUGGACGGAGUUGGGGGCGGAGCUUGGGAGGCGCUACGGGGCGGGAAAUGGGGGCAGGGUCCUGGAGCGGGUGAGGGAGGAAUACGAGCAGUCGUUGCGCGCGCUCAGCCUCGAUGACGUCGAACGGCUGGCGGCGCGCCUUCUUGCCGGCACUUCCGCUUCCGGCUCAGACUCCGCCUCUUCCGGUCAAGACGCAGCUACUUCCGCUUUAAGCCCCGCCCUCGGUGAUUGUGAACCCACCCCCUCCGAGCUCGUCCAAUAAACAACGAGCUGAACGCUGA